CUUCUAGCAAUUUCGGUGAAGAAAUUAAAACUUUGUGGAAGAUGGCCAAGAACUGGGAGAUCAGUAUUAGGAAAGCUGAUAAAGAAAAAACCUUCUAGUAAUAUGAAAAUAUGCAAAAGAAACACAACAGAAAUGUGAUGUGGGAGACCAUCAAGGAACCUGCAGAACUAUUUUAAUGACUGUGAACUUGGGACUUCUCAAUGGCUCCCAGGCCAUGGAUGUGAUGGUUCUAAUGUGCAAUGCGUCCUCACUACUCUAAAACUAGAUGUCACUGUCACUAAAACUAGGUGUGUGGGAGGAGGAACGAAGGUGCUUUCAUUUUCUUCCUUUAGGAAGGGGAUAAGGUUCUAAAAUGUUAGCUUCUCUUUCCUUUCUCAAUUACUUUCAGUCUCUUCCACCAGAUCAGGAAAGUAAAUGUUUCUGUCUCUCUUCUACCAAAAGUCCUCAGUGAUGCCACAGCAUUGAAGGGAAGUAAAAAAUAUAAAAGAGUCAGAGAAUGGCUCAUUAUGCUAGGAACUAGAAGGACAAUUAAAAGUUGAAAUAAAAUGUUUUUAGAAUAUGUAUUCCACAGGGAACUGAGCAGAGAGGGGAGCUGUGGUUGCAGAGAAGUAGCUGUGGGGAAGAAUGACUAAGAAACACACCAAGAGCAAGUAAUUGCCCUCUGGGGAUGCCUAAAUUUUGAAAAGUUAUCAGCUAAAACUGACAAAGUAAAACCUGCAUCCCCAAGAAGAGGAUGAACAACUGUAUUAAGGACUUUCCAAGAGAUGUACAUCUCCACAUGCAAUAUGUCCUGUGCAUGAAGUGAGCACUUGAGCACUCAGCCUUGGUGAGUGACCCACAAGGAAGGCUAAGAGAAGGUGGUGGGAGGAUAAAGCCCAAAUCCCUGGGAGCACCCGGGAUUGUUUUGUGAUCCUCCACUGUGUUUUUCUCACUGGUUGUCGUUGGAGGCUCUUUGAAUUCUUCCCAGGACCUAGAUGACUCAUAUCAGUGUUUUCAAGCCACUUGAUAGAAUCCUAGUUCUUGUCAGUCAUUAAAUCAACAGCAUAAACUGAAGUGCUCAGUAUAUGUAGAUACACAUUUUAAAAACUAAAGAAUGGAAGUCAAAAGGCUCUUUUCUUGUCCUUGAGGCAUUUCUGUUCUGUUGGAGAUAAGAAGGAAUGGAGAAGGGCUAGGAUUGGUAUAAGAACCAAAGAUAAAUAUAGACCUUCAUCUUUUCUUGAUAAAGAAGAUGGUGAAUAUUCUCAACCAUCGGGAAGCAUAAUCCCUAUGGAACUAGGGCAAGUUUGGUCCCAGAUGUGGCAGAAAACUUGAUGUUAGGGGUCAUCCCAAUCCAGGAAUUACCAGGGACAAACUUUGGGAGGAGGCUUACAUAUCAGAAGGCUACUAGCCUUUCAGCCUUGGCCCAAGUAGUUUUGCCAUUUCAACUGAUGUAGUCUUCUUCCCCGUUUCCUUGGUCUCUGGUUUUGAGUCAAUUAGUCCCGUUCAUUGACACCUCCCCAAUCAGCUGUGUGUGUGAUCUGAAUCCUUUGAACCCAAAACCCAUUAACUCAUAUCUCAUUGCCUACAGUCCCACUAGCUAUGCAUGCUUAGAGCAACCAAAAACCAAAGGAUCUAUUGUUCCCUUCUAUACUGUUUUAAACCACAGGUUAUGUAUAUUCACUUAUCACAAAUCUUUAGAGCUGGAAGAAAUCUAACCUAAUCUAACUUGCUCAUUCUGUAGAUGAAGAAACUGUGACUUUAAAAUGUAGCAAUGUACCCAAUGGAUACAUAGAUGGUUUACUGAUACAGCUUGAAGCCCAGGCCUCCUUAUAUGAAUCUUAGCAUGCCUUAAACCUCAUCUACUUUUUCAAGAGGCAAGAGCACUAUUUCUUGUUUUUGUUUUGUUUUGUUUUUUCGUUUCUACUUUAUUAUUUCUACAGAUCUGCUGAGCUGAUUACAUAGCUAGACUCUAUGUCUCCUCUCACCAGAUGUCUUCAUCAAGCUUCCUCUGAAAACUCUCUGAUAAGGUCAUGAUGACUCACUCUUUCUAUUCUCCCUGCAGGCUGAGUUCCGAAGAGGGAGACCAGACCGAUUGAUUUGUUAUCCCAGUACCUUCCACUGGACCAGGCACUGAUCAGUGCUCAGUACAUGUUUACCAAGGUGAGAAAAGUGGAAUAAAAUUCUCUGUCCCAAAAAGCUAAGAACAAGGCCACCUAUCAAUAAAAACAGUUUUUCAUCAUCUGAAAACAUCACCAAAAUGUAUUGGAAUAAAAUAGCACUAAGCUCGCAGUGUGUGCAGAGCAUGCACUACCUACCCGUUGAGUACAGGUGAAUCCUCCACUUUUAUUCUUCACUAUAUUUAACAAGCUCUCCGUAUUUUGGUGGUUUAAGCAAUAUAAUUUAUUUCAAGGGGCUUUAUGACCCACAUUCUGUAAACUUUCUGACCUUUAUAGCACAUAUUCAUAUUGUUUCUUGUCCCCAUGGCACUGGGUAGACUUUACCUCUGUAAUUUGGACUUCUUGAGCAUAGUAACAGCCACUUAUGUUUACUUAGCACUUUACAAAGCACAUUCAUAUUCAUUUGUUCAUCUGUUCUUACUUAAGAUAUUGUGAGAUAAGCAUUAUUAUUAUUCAUGCAUUUCAUAUGAAGAAAGUGAGGCUCAGAGAGGUCUAGUAAGUUGCACAUAGCAGGCUAAUGGAAGAGGCAAACUCAAACUCAGACCCCUUGACUUCUCAUUUAAAGCUUUACCCACACACCACAUGUUUUUCUCUUCAAGGAUAGAUGGCUGUCCUGAGCUUCCCGACUGAGGUUCCUCAGGUGCCUCCCUUCCUAGACCACAGCUUUUCAGAACUCCUUCCCGCCCUUCACUCACGGGCUUGGAGAGAGCUAGAUGUGCAGGGCAGCCCUGACCCUUGUUCCAGCGUAGUCUCCAGGUAGAUCUGAGACCUGGGUAAAUCACCUUAGCCCUAUUCCUUGGUUUCCUUGUUUGUAAAAUGAAAGGAAUGAAACACUUAGCCUCUAUAUUUCUUUUCUUUUUAAACAGUUGUGGUUACCUUCUGGAGGGUAUCUCAAUCCAUGAGGCCAGCUCUGAAGGUGAAGAUUCUCUCUGUAAUAACAAGCAGCCUACCGAUCACAGUAGAUCAGCAUUGAGUUACUUCUUCUGCUGAUGCAAGGGAACCAUCUCCCUGGGGCGGUAGUCAAAAUUCCAGCCCCUGGCUCUGACCCUAGAAACUGACCUCCAACCUUGCAAACCCAAGGCCAGUUUCUAUUCUUAGCAGUUUCUACAGUGACACCUUCUGGCCACUGCAGGCCAGGGCUGAAUGGAGACAAGAUGCCAACUCCAUCCAGGUCCUCUCUGCUCUCUCCCUCCACCAAUGUUUCCGGCGAAAAGAAAUAUAAAUUGAAUUAUGCAUUUCAGCUCUCUUGCAUUUUAUUCUACGUUUCUGCUCUGGUUUUCUUAAUGCUGAUGUACAGCAUUUGUCCUCUGGCUGUAGUGGCUUGCACAAACACGCUCUCAUUAGAUUCUCAGAUUUGACCAAAAUCCAUUUUUUUUUAUUUAUUAUUUGAUCCUCUGGCACUGCUGAUUUUCUAAACACAAAUUCCUAAUAUUGAAAGGUGGAAUUUCCUAGAGGUUGGUUGAAAGCAUAGUGCCUGAUACACUCAAUAAUGUGCUAAUAAAUGAAUUAGUUUAUUAAUUAAAUAUUUUUAAGAGCAGGAAAUAUACCUGGAGAUUAUAUUUCUAUUAAGAAAAAGUGAUGGUACUUAAUUCUAUUUUUCAAGAGGACCAGUCAGCAUGGUAGAAGAGAGAUGACCUGGUACAACCUUAGCUGACAAGAGAGAAUUCACUCUGAAAAGUUUCAGGGGGUUUCCAUGACCUCAUACUCAGUAGUAACACAUGACUGUCAUUGGUUUUCAAACACUUGCGUCACAUUACUUUGUUAACCACUUGUUUAAACAUCUAAAUAAAUGCCUGAAACUCACUAUAUAAAUUGCAUGUUAUUAAGGAGGAAGGCAUAACUACCACAGUAAUUUAAUUACAAAGCUCCAAAUUUAAUUAGCCAAAUACUAACCUUGUUUUUCUUCUCCUUCAUAGCACUUAGCACAAUUAUACCUAAUUAAUUGCUUGUAAUUAUGGAUGUAAUCUGUGUGUCCCUAGAUAAAUUUAUAAGAACCAAGAAAACAAGGGCCCAUGUUUCUAUCUUUCUUGAUCACAGGCAGGUAACCAAUGCCUGGCAGAGACUCUGGCACACCAGCUGGGGAUUAGUAGAUAUUGGUUUCAAGGACUUCAGCUUUAUCUGGACUUGUGGGAGAAAUGAAAAGGAUGUGAGAGGAUUCCUGUCUGGACUUGGUAGGCCCUAGAAGAAGCAUGAAGAGCAGCCCAAUCCAGAGUUAAGAAAUGAGCUGAGAAAGCCCAGGACAUCCCUAUGGUUCUCAAGUGUCUGAUUACAAUACUUUACCCAUUGCUACCCCACAGUGAAGAAUCCUUCCUUUCUUUCCUAUCUUCCAUGUUCUUUCCCUCCUUUUCCAUUUUUCUAUUGUCUUUCCUUAGUUUUUCUUUCCUUCUCUCAUCCUUUCUUCUCUAUCAUUCUUUCUACAUUGAUAAAUUACCUGCUACACAACUGUAACUGCUCAGUCCUAGACGUGAAAGGAUGGCCAAAACGGGGACUUUGUCCUUCAGAAUCUCUCAGAAUUUGGUUUCGUGUCAGAAACCAAAUGUCCUUUCUGCCAAGACCUUCGCAUUCUCUCCUAACCACCUAGAUUGAAGAAGUGAGGUUCAAUGUCCCAGUUGGGAAGGCACAACGUAACCUGGGUGAGUGAGUUCAUCCUAAUGGGUCUCUCCAGUGACAGGCAAACCCAGGCUGGACUCUUUGUCUUAUUUGGGGCCACCUACCUGCUGACCCUGCUGGGCAACGGGCUCAUCCUGCUCCUGAUCUGGCUGGACGUGAGACUCCACCUGCCCAUGUAUUUCUUUCUCUGCCACCUCUCACUCGUGGACAUCUGCUACACCUCCAGCGGGGUCCCUCAGAUGCUGGUGCACUUCCUCCUGGAGAAGAAGACCAUCUCCUUUGCCCGAUGUGGGACCCAGCUCUUUUUCUCCCUGGCCCUCGCAGGGACUGAGUUUUUACUGCUGGCCGCAAUGGCCUAUGACCGCUAUGUGGCUGUCUGCGACCCCCUGUGUUACAUAGCAGUGAUGAGGCCAAGGCUCUGCGUGGCACUGGCAGCUGUCUCUUGGCUAGUGGGCCUGGCUAAUUCUGCUAUGCAGACGGCACUGACCAUGCACCUGCCCACCUGUGGGCACAAUGUGUUGAACCAUGUGGCCUGUGAGACACUGGCACUAGUCAGGUUGGCCUGCGUGGACGUCACCUUCAAUCAAGUGGUCAUAGUGGCCUCCAGUGUGGUGGUGCUGCUGGUGCCCGGCUGCCUGGUCUCACUGUCCUACACCCACAUCAUAGUCGCCAUCCUGCGGAUCCGCUCCACCCAGGGGCGCCGCAAGGCCUUCAGGACCUGUGCCUCCCACCUCACUGUGGUCUCAAUAUCCUAUGGGAUGGCCCUCUUCACCUACAUGCAGCCUCGUUCCAUGGCCUCAGCUGAGCAGGAAAAGGUAGUGGUGCUCUUUUAUGCUGUGGUGACCCCCAUGUUGAAUCCUCUCAUAUACAGUCUGCAGAACAAGGAUGUGAAGGCAGCUCUGAGUCGAGUUCUGAUGAUGAGCUCUGAAUUAAAACAUUAGAGAGUGGUUUGGGUAACAAG